AUGGCCGGACCAUUUGAGAAGAUCGACGAUGUCACCGAUAGUAAAGAGCUGUGGAAGGUUGUUGUAAAAGUACACUGUAAAUGGUUGGUUGUCUCUAGCAACAAGAAGCACUUCGAAAUGACCCUUAUUGACAAAGAAGUAAACUUAUUUACUGAUAUUUUUGUCUAUUUUGAAGAAGAACGUGCUCCAUUUGUUGUUAUGAAGUUAUUUGUUAUUAUGGGAUACGAUUUUCCAGUUUCAAAUGCCAUUGUUCAAAUGUCGUUGUCUGGAACUGAUAUACACGAUGUUGUGUUGACAUUGUAUAUGGCGGCGUUCGAUUCAAUUUUAACGGAAUGGUUGAUAGCAUUGGUUACACGCAAACCCAACCAGGGGCUAAGAAACAACAUGUCAAUCUUCAACAAAAUCAUUAACUGUACCCUUUGGGAUACAUAUGCUUCCCAAUUCAUCAAAUUCAACCAACAACGCAUAAAUACCUUAGGCCCAACUGUCAUCUUGUUGCAUUACACGAAAGGCAAGGAAGAAGGAAAAUAUCCAUUAUAUGUUACAAACAGUGUUGCUAAGAUUAAAAAUAGUGUUGAUGAGGCCAAUUCUGAUCCUACUGAAGAUUGGGAAGUUGUUACGGAGCAAUAUGCUUGA